AAACUGCAAAAAGCCAAUUACCCUUUUAAAUUUAUAUAUUUUUUCCUUUUUAUAAAAUAUUUUUCUCUGUUCAUCUUCCCGCCCUCGCCCUUCACCAUUGCUGGUUUCUCUCUCUCUCUCUCUCACACACACACACACACACACACACACACUCACACAGAGAAGAGCUCUGAUUCCGCAGUACAUAUACGUGCAUAAUGGAGAAAGAAAGUUCUUUUACUUUAACUAUCUCCGAUCUAAUUCAGCGAGCCCAGCCCCUCACCGCCGCGGCAUCUCUCGUUCCCAGCCGUCCGAUUUCCACGUUGGGGCCCCACAAUAAUUCCGAUGAAAACCACCGCCGGAAAUCAUCCUCAGAUACCUGUCGGAACACUGGUCUCCAAACCCUAAAACCGUUGAAUCAGCCAACGCCCCUUAUUGGAACCCUUACCCUGCCGUCUAUUCCAAAGAGCAGUUCACGGAUUAAAUGCAACUGCUUCCAGUUUAGUGACGAUUCCGCUACGAUUUGCUGUGGAAUUUUGGAUUUCGACCCGAAAAUGAUUGAUCAGAGGAUUCGGGUUCUAGCUUGGAAUUUUAUCCCUUUACAAUGUGGGGAUGGGGGUGUGAAAGGUGGGUUCCUGGAGAUCAUUACCUGGGAAUUUUGCCGAUCUUUUAGCGGGAAUGUUUGUUCUUUGUCGGAUUUCGGUUCUUUUUGCUUGACUCUAGGUGGUUGUGACGUUAACGAAAACUCCGCCGCCAACUGUUUGAUGUUUGGCCUGAUAGAGUCAAUAAGCCCUGUAUCCGUUGUUCCUUGUGCGGGUGGUGAAACUGGUUCAAGAAAUAUCAGCGGGUUUCUUGCAAAUGUUCGUGUUUGCAAAUGCAAAAUUUGUGCCGCAAAGUUACUGGUAUCGCAAUUGAAAGAUUUGAGUGAGGAAAAUGUCGGAGACCAUUCUUUUACGAAGACGGUGAUUGUUUACUUUUGUGGGUUAACAUCGGCGUGGCAUCCUGUCAUCUCACGGUUUAUAGGCGGCAUUGUUUUGCUUACGGGGUUAAAGAAAAAGUUGGUAUUCAUUAGCAAGGAAGUGUCUCAAUUGAUGUAUGUGACGACAGAUGAAGCAUCAUUCCAUAUUGCUAAGUUGUUUAAGCAACGAGGUUUCGUCUGCAAUAGUGAUGUAAGAGGGGAGGGUGAAUGUGGUAGCUACACUGGGAUCGUUACUGGUUUGUACAUGCAGGGGAUGGUAGUCGAGUUGGAUCAAGAUGUGAUACUAUUAUUAACCGAGCAGCAUCUCACUGUACCGCACUGUGUCAGAGUUGGUGCUAUUGUGACUCUGAAAAAUGUACAUUUUGUUGAUCCAAAGUUCCGUUGGGGAAAAAUGUUGAUACUUGGUGCUUGCUGUAGAACUAGUGUGUAUGUGGAAUCAUUCUCCCCGUUGGAAACAGGAUGUCAUUCGAGAUCAUGCUCUCCGAGCUCCCUUCAGAAGUGCAUUAAUUCCUUGUCUUUUGCAGCCAGAUUAUGGGCGUUACUUGUCAUCUCAUGUUUCGGGAAAAAGUUUGCCGGGAUUUUAUCCGAAAAGGAAAUAUUCGGGUCAAAACAUGUAAUAUAUCUGGUUACCUCCUUCAAUUUUCGAUUGAUUUAUUUCAUGAAUGCAUUAUAUUUUUGGUGUUCCCAGAACGAAGGACUGGCUCAAAAGUACGCUAGUUCAUAUUUGCCAACAUCAGCUUUUCAGAUUCGGCAAGGACUCAUGCUUGAAUUCUGUAAACAUAAUUUGUGUUCUGUUGGCAAUGAAGCACAUUACGGUCAUUUGAGAUUGGUGCUACCUAUUGCUAAUUUAAUUAGUUAUUACGAGGCUUCGUGGAAGAAAAUUCUUGACGACCAAGAUAAUUUUUCUGGUCUUGUCUAUGACAGCAAUCAGAAAAAGCCUCUAUGCUGUGAAGGUAGAUCUUAUGUCCAGUCAGUCAAACGAGUCUUUCACACCGAAGAAAUUGGCGUUCUUGUACUUGGAACUCUAAAGGUUUCUUUAUCGUCUGGAAAAUUGCAGCUUGUUGAUGCGACCGGUUAUAUUGAUAUCAUGACUGACCUUCCAACAACUUGGGACUUUGACAGGAUUUUUGAGGCAAAAAAAUUCAGACUAAUUAUUGAAGGCAUACCCCCAAAAUUAGUCGACUUGGAUUCCACCAUACAUCAGCCUUUAUCUUGCCGAAGCAUAUUCAGUAACGAUCUGCCAUUAGAAAAGAUGAAGACAUCGAUUUAUCUUUACGCCGAUAAAGAUUCUAGAAGCUGUUCUCUUUUCUUUGAUUCGAAAGGAAAUUCUCACGAGCUUGAGAACGGAAAAUAUCACCUGAUUAUGUUAACACACAAAUUUCCCAUUCAGCAAAAGUUUCAAGGAGAUCUAGCAAAGUUGUCCAACAUAUUUGCCGAGGCCAUAGUCUUGCCUUGGGAUUUGCUUGUGGCUGGGAAAUAUGAAGAUACUGUCACAAAUUACGUGGAAAAUAUUACGAGACCUGAAAAGCAUCGUAGUAAUAAGAGAUGUAAAGUCGAGCAAGCUUGUGUUGAUGCUUCCAAUAUUGGUUUAAAUGAAUCCAUGAACAGAUUACGAGGCCAAUUUACAUUAAAGACAUGUGCUUCAAAUCAUCCGAUAGAACUGCCAUGUCUGAUUGCCAGUAAAGGUAAAAAAAUCCAUUACCAUGCUAAGAUGGUUUCUGUCUGUAAACCUUCAAAGAGGAAGGUAUUGCUCGAGUUCAGUCCCGAUAGCCUUUGCGUUUACGAGGUAAUGAAAAUUGGCUGUUGUUACCUUAUUAAACAUCACGAAGAAGAUAAUUUACGCCCAAGAAAAGAAAAUCCUCAAAUUAGUCGUGCUAAAUUAUCCAUUAGUUCCGAAAACCGUGUUAGGAAAGUUAGAUUCUCAUCAAUCGAAACUCUCAGAAAUUCAGAUGUAUUUCCUUCUUGUAAUCUACAUAAUAGCAGCGACGAGAUCAUUUUAGAAGGGCCCCACCGAGUUGAAAUUUCAGGUCUCGACAGUGAUGUACAUUCAGACAUAAAUGUGUUUGUUCCCUCCGGUGAUGUAACUUUACUGGAGAAAGCUAUUAAAGAUUCUUCCAGCGAAGAAUCGGAUAUCCAUGGCCAUGGUGAACCCAUGACAAAUGCAUCGGUUUGUCACACUUUACCCGAGGGGAACCUAAUAACUUUGCAAGGGGUUGUAAUGUCUUUUCACGACUGUAGUGGUGACAACUGUCCUGUACCUGGUCAAGGUUAUCUUCCGAUGUUUCUACGAGGAAAUGGCGGUGUCUGUUUUCAUGUUUUGGUGGACAAUCAAACUCUCAGAAUAUUCUGCGAUUUAAGUAAACAAACUUACCCUGUUGGGUUAGGAACAAAUGUGUAUGCAACCUUUCAUCGGAUUCUUGUACUUAGCGCGCAGAACCGAUAUGUAAUGACACCUGUAUCCUUCAUAACAAUCAAAGAUACAAUCUUGACGAAUGGACAUCUAACCGAUGAAUUCAAUGAUCCAUCUCGAACUGGAACUGAAACUGUAGGCUUAUUCAGCGUUGCUUCUCCAAACACUGUUCCGACAAUAUUAAUAUCCGAUGCAUUGCAAUUAUCGGAGCUUAAACCACUUAAGUUUCGUUGCAGGAUCGUUGGUGUUUAUACGCUUGUAUUUGAGAAGACUAAAACUACUGCAGUUUCUCGUUCAUGUUUUGGGAUCCCAUUUGCUGGUUUUAUCAUCGAUGACGGGUCGUCGUCUUGUUGUUGUUGGGUUGACUCGGAGAGGGCUAAAGCCUUGCUUGGGUUAGAGUUUGAAGACCAUUUACGUAAAGAUUCUGCAGAAUCUUUUGGGAGAUCCAAAGCUCGUAAACGCUCCAACAUUGGCCGCUUAAACCGUGUUCUAGAGCGACACAACAGAAUUGUGGUGAAAAACUAUGGACACAUAUUCGAUCCUUCGAGUCAACAACUAGCUUUCUUGGUCAACUCCGACAAAUCACUUCGAAGUUCAGACGAAGAUCUCCUUAGAAACUCGAUCAACUAUGCUUUCCUUCGCCCAUCUUGGACAAUAGUUGGCAACCUCAUGGAUGAAAAAACGAGUAACUGGUUGGGAGAGCGUUUAAUGGAGUUGGAUAUAUUAUUUCCUUCAUUGCUCAAUGUAUGGCUCACGAGCAUUUGUCACACGGACAUGCUCGCAGAAGCUAGGAACAUCAUUCAAGAACUCGUAUAAUUUGCAGGUAAUAUCUGUUUGUUGUAAACUUUGUUAUUUAGACGAGGUCCGUUCGAUGCUUUAAUACUUCACAUGUAAAUCCUUAACUUUUCGGUAAGAUUAUAUUUCUUAAAACAUGUUCAA